AUGUCCGACGUGUAUCCCCGCAGCACAUCAGCGAUGGAGCGUCUUGUCUCCCGUGGGACAUUCCCCACACUUGCGCGCAGCAGCGCCUGCCGCAGCCUCUUCGGGCCCGUGGACCACGAGGAGCUGAGCCGCGAGCUGCAGAUGCGCCUGGCCGAGCUGCAAGCCGAGGACCAGAACCGCUGGGACUACAACUUCCAGCAGGACGUGCCCCUGCGCGGCCCUGGGCGUCUGCAGUGGACCGAGGUGGACAGCGAAUCCGUGCCCGCUUUCUACCGCGAGACGGUGCAGGUGGGGCACUGCCGCCUGCAGCUGGCGCCCCGGACCGUCCCGGUCGCCGUGGCUGUCAGCCCUCCCUUCGAGCCGUCGGCUGGUGAGUCCCUCGACGACCUCGAGGAGGCGCCGGAGCAGCCAUCCAGCGCUCCGGACGGGGCGUCCACCCCGCCCCCAGACCCGAUCGCGGUCCCACCCCCGGCCCUGGCCCCGGUCCUGGCCCCGGUUCUGGCCCCGAUCCUGGCCCCGCCCGCCGCGGACCUCGGCGCGGGCGGGGACGGCGCCCCCAGCCCCUCCCGGUCUCCUCUUGGGUCCCCAGGGCGGCCCCUCCCCACCGGCCGCGCGCUGUCGCCCGCAGAUUUCUUUGCCAAGCGCAAGAGAUCUGCGCCCGAGACCAAGUCAUCGGGCGAUGUCCCCGCGGGGUGCCCCUCUCCCAGCGCCGCUAAUGGGGUGGGCGCGGCGGAGCAAACCCCGCGCAAGAGGCUGCGGUGAGUUAGUUUAGAGCCCAAAGAGCCCCGAGCGACCUGCUGGGGCAGCGGACGUUGGAACAGCGCUGGGCCUCGGCCGGGACCGUUCAUGUAGCAGCAACCGGCGGCAGCUGCCGCAGAGCAGCGGUCGGUUUUGUGUUUAAAAUUCGAAAACUGUGCAAUGUAUUGUCUUUUUAUAUCUAAAUGUAUUCUGCACGAGGAGUACACUGGUCCCAAGGUGUAAAGCUUUAAGAGUCAUUUAUAUAAAAUGUUUAAUCUCUGCUGAAA